AGGAUUUUACGGGUGAUUCAUGCUCCAAUUUUUCUCCAGCAUUUUACAUCUAAUAGAACACACAUGAGGAAUCCUGAUGGAAAUUGGAUUGCUCCACCUCCAAAUUAUGAACCAAUUAAAGCUCAAGAUGGAAGCAAAGAUAACCUUGAUGAAUAUAUUCGGAUUUGUGCUGCUGAUGUUAUGACUGAUAUUAAUGCUUCGGUCGAUGGCAUAUACUCGAACAAGUAUGGUGUCUUGAUUAGUGAAGACAAAUUGGAGGCAUUCUUUUCUUUCAUACAUUAGAGACGUCCUUGAUUAGUGAAGCCAUGUUCUAUAUAUUUAUUAUAAUCUAUUCUUUUUAUCAUUGGCCAUUUAAAGAUUAAUAUACAUGGAAAGUGUCAGUCAUGCCCACUUUUAGCUGCACCCAACAAUCCCAUGGUUAUUAUGUAAUACGG